UCUUUAGUCCUUAUAAUUCGAACGAUUGCUCAGAAAACAAGGUGUUUUAAUCGGCGUAUGCCUUGCGAUUACUAAAAUAAGCAGAACGAUUGCUCAGAAAACCAGGUGUUUUAAUCGGCGUAUGCCUUGCGAUUACUAAAAUAAGCAGAGUAAGGUGUUUACAUGGCUAAUUACAUACUCGGCCUUCUGCCAUAAUCAGUUUAAUAUCGAGUAUUUUUUGAAUCGUUUCAUGAGCAUUGUGCAGUACUGUACUCGGCCUCUAGAAUGUGCCAUUGAUUCACAUUAGGUCCGUAGGCGCACACUGCGUCCAUACGGAGACUCAGGAGCUGUCAAAAUGGCUACGACUAUGUCAUGGGCAUCAUAUCUCCUUAUUCAUUUAGUAAUAUUUUCAUGGUAUGUCUUUACGUUAUCGGCGAAUUGCUCAUUGAAAAGCACAGAGAUACAUCCAGGAGCCAAAACAUUUGGAGGCCGCUGGAAAUAUCUGACUUUCCUCAAUCUGGUUUUGCAGACCGUAUUCUUCGGACUCGUUGUUUUGAUUGACAUCAUCCACCUGAUAUUGCCAUCCAAAAGUUUGAAGUGUGGUGUACCGCUCCUCCUAGUGAAAUUAAGAGAUACCAUUUUCACUAUUUUGGCGUUUCCUAUUGGGACAUUUGUGUUCUUGUCCUUCUGGUCGAUAUAUCACUAUGACAGAGAGAUGGUCUAUCCUAAGUUUCUAGAUGACAUUAUUCCUAGCUGGCUGAACCAUGCUCUGCACACUAUCAUCCUGCCCCUGGCUCUGCUGCAGAUGUAUAUUCAGCCUCAUCGAUAUGGCAGCAAGAUGAGAGGCAUCCUAGGUCUGGCCUUCUUUUCUGCUGUAUAUCUGGGAUGGGUUCUGUGGGUGCACCAUGCGGCUGGUAUCUGGGUCUACCCCAUCAUGGAGCGCCUGAGUCCCGUGGGCCUGGUUAUAUUCCUGGGGGUGGCUUGCAUCACCCUGGCCCCCCUCUACCUGCUGGGGGAGAAACUCAACCACAAAAUCUGGAGGAGCACUGCGGGAUCUGCAGGACCUCAGAAGAAAAAGAAGAAGUAAGCAUGUGCUGGCAUGAGUGCCACAGAGGGGACCAGAGAGGCCUAUAUGAUGAUAUCACACGAGGACAGACAGACAGGACACAGCACCCCCAGCACUGAUUACCUCAACCAGAAGAGACUGGUGGAUCUCUUGUUGGAGGUAGAAGAUGCCCCGAACCACAGAUCUAGAAUCAGAUUACCUUAUCCUCAGUCCUCAUUUUAACCAUUAAGAUGAAAAAAAGUAUAUUAUUCUGAUCCUAUAUCAGCAGUUAGAGGCAACCUGUGCCUGCUCUGUAUCGCUCAGGCAAAUCUCAGGCAGUGGGCAUAAUGUGCUUCUAUGGUCAAGCCAAAUUAUUUUAAGAUUAAAUUCAAUACUUAGACUUAAUUUACUCCACAAGGGGAUAUUGUGCUACUUGUCACAGUGAGAUAACAGCUCAAUAUAAAACUUAAUAUUAAGUUGAUCCUUAUUGGUUGUGUUAACCCAAUUGUUCUCUCACCAUCCGUAAAGUAGACUUACACUGACAGUAGAAUAAUACUUUAGCAUAUGCAACUCUAGUGAUCUCUCUCAUUUUGUGAUGCUAUUUCCUUUAUCAUGAUACUGUUUCACUUGAUACUGUACUGUGGGUUGUGAAAGGGACAGUCCCUUAUGUGCACUUGCUAGCUUACCCUUUGAAUUCAUGCGUAUAUGCUCACUUUUAGAACACAAAGUCCUUAUGUAAUUUGGAGAGAAAUAAGAUGAAGAUAAUUAAAAGAUUUGAAAAAUAACA